AUGACCCCUUAUGGGGUUCAGAUUACGACUGAUGGGAAGCCCAAGAUAGUUGACAUAAUUGAUACAACAGGCAGUGGUGAUGUAAAUACAUGCACUGUUGUAGAACCUAAAGAUGGGGAAAUCACCGGUCUCUCUGGAAGGACUUUAAAGAUUCCAGCAAAUUGGGUAAAUCCUUCAGGCAAAUAUCACAUUGGCAUAAAAAAUGGCUACGAUAUCUAUCCUAAAGCUCUCAAGGAACGGAUUCAGAAAGAACGCAAGGAAAAGCUCUGGGAUCCUGUUCACAGGCUGGCUCUAGCAGAAGCCUGUAGGAAACAGGAAGAAUUUGAUGCUACUCAUAGCUCUCCCUCCCAGGUAAAUAAGCUAAUAAAGGAAGAGCUUCAAAAUCAAGUGGAACUGUUAAAUUCUUUUGAGAAAAAAUAUAGUGAUCCUGGCCCAGUAUAUGAUUGUCUGGUAUGGAAUGAUGGUGAGACCUGGAGAGCCUGCAUAGAUACAAGUGAGAGUGGUGACUUAACUAGCUGUACAGUGCUGAGAACCUACAAAGAAGCUCAGGAAUAUGGAUCUUUUGGAACAUCUGAGAUGUUGAACUAUUCUGUGAAUAUAUAUGAUGAUGGAAACCUUCUUUCCAUUGUGACAAGUGGAGGAGCACAUGGAACACAUGUGGCUAGUAUUGCAGCGGGAUACUUUCCAGAAGAACCAGAACGAAAUGGGGUGGCUCCUGGAGCUCAGAUUCUUGCAAUCAAGAUUGGUGAUACGAGGUUAAGUACAAUGGAAACUGGCACUGGUCUAAUAAGAGCUAUGAUUGAAGCAAUAAAAUACAAGUGUGAUCUUGUCAACUAUAGCUAUGGAGAGGCAACACAUUGGCCAAAUUCUGGGAGAAUCUGUGAAGUAAUUAAUGAAGCAGUGUGGAAACACAAUGUAAUCUAUGUUUCGAGUGCAGGAAAUAAUGGCCCUUGCCUUUCUACAGUAGGUUGUCCAGGUGGAACUACAUCCAGCGUAAUAGGUGUUGGUGCCUAUGUAUCACCUGACAUGAUGGUUGCUGAAUAUUCUUUAAGAGAAAAACUGCCAGCAAAUCAGUAUACUUGGUCAUCCCGAGGGCCUAG